AAAGGUGCAUGGGAACAGUGAAUAGUAAGGACAAACCCAAAUUGCAACCCAAAAAUUAACGAAGAAACCCCUCAACGGUUCUGGAAGAGGCGGAAUUUUCUAGAACCCCAGGGGUGUCCAUAUAAACCCAAACCCUAAUAUCAAUUACUCUGUUUAGUGUUGGAGUUAGAGCAACCACCCUUAACCCUUAUCCAUUUCACUCCUCACACACCCAUGGCUUCAGCAAACGCCCUUUCUUCAGCCUCCAUUUUACGCUCUCCCAAUCCACAGAGUCUGAACCGAAGACCCAACCACAACGGAAGAGUGAAUUACCGGCAACCGAACCACCGCUUUGCGGUCAAAGCCUCCGCCAAAGAAAUUGCCUUCGACCAGACUUCUCGCGCCGCCAUUCAAGCCGGCAUUGACAAGCUCGCCGAUGCGGUUGGCCUUACUCUUGGCCCUAGGGGGAGGAAUGUUGUGUUAGAUGAGUUUGGAAGCCCUAAAGUGGUUAACGAUGGUGUGACAAUUGCUCGAGCUAUUGAACUUCCUGAUGCUAUGGAAAAUGCUGGUGCUGCUCUCAUUAGGGAGGUUGCGAGUAAGACCAAUGAUUCUGCGGGUGAUGGGACGACUACGGCUUCGGUUCUUGCUCGAGAGAUAAUUAAGCUUGGGCUUCUCAGUGUGACCUCUGGUGCGAAUCCUGUGUCUCUCAAAAGAGGGAUUGAUAAGACUGUGGCGGGUUUGGUGGAGGAGCUUGAGAAGAAGGCUAGGGCUGUCAAAGGUGGAGAUGAUAUCAAAGCUGUUGCUUCUAUUUCUGCUGGGAAUGAUGAGUUGAUUGGGAAAAUGAUUGCGGAAGCUAUUGACAAGGUUGGGCCUGAUGGUGUUUUAUCCAUUGAGUCUUCCUCGUCGUUUGAGACGACGGUUGACGUUGAAGAAGGAAUGGAGAUUGACAGAGGGUACAUCUCACCUCAAUUUGUCACAAACCCUGAGAAGUCAGUUGUUGAAUUUGAGAACGCAAGAGUCUUGAUUACAGAUCAGAAGAUUUCAGCAAUAAAAGAUAUAAUUCCUCUGUUGGAGAAAACCACUCAAUUGAGAGCCCCUUUGCUUAUCAUUGCUGAAGAUGUCACUGGUGAGGCUUUGGCUACCCUUGUUGUGAAUAAGCUGCGUGGUAUCCUUAAUGUUGCUGCCAUCAAAGCUCCUGGCUUUGGUGAGAGGCGAAAGGCUCUCCUUCAAGACAUUGCUAUAAUGACAGGCGCUGAGUUCCAAGCCAGUGAUUUGGGGCUACUUAUUGAAAACACCUCAAUUGAGCAGCUUGGUUUGGCUCGGAAAAUUACCAUCACCAAGGAUUCUACCACUAUCAUUGCCGAUGCAGCAUCAAAGGAUGAGUUGCAAGCCAGGAUAGCACAAAUAAAGAAGGAGUUGUCAGAGACAGACUCAAUCUAUGAUUCUGAGAAACUGGCUGAGAGGAUUGCUAAAUUGUCUGGUGGAGUUGCAGUCAUCAAGGUUGGUGCUGCUACAGAGACUGAACUUGAGGAUCGUAAGCUCCGUAUUGAGGAUGCCAAGAAUGCAACUUUUGCUGCCAUUGAGGAAGGUAUUGUACCUGGUGGUGGUACUGCAUUGGUUCAUCUCUCUACUCAUGUCCCGGCAAUCAAGGACAAGCUUGAAGAUGCAGAUGAGAGGCUAGGAGCUGACAUUGUGCAAAAGGCACUGAUAGCACCUGCAUCAUUGAUUGCUCAAAAUGCUGGAAUAGAAGGUGAAGUAGUUGUGGAGAAAAUAAAGAAUGGUGAAUGGGAGGUUGGUUACAAUGCUAUGACAGACACGUACGAGAAUUUAGUGGAGGUUGGAGUUAUCGACCCUGCCAAGGUAACAAGGUGUGCUUUGCAGAACGCUGCUUCAGUUGCUGGAAUGGUGUUAACCACACAGGCCAUUGUGGUGGAAAAACCCAAGCCCAAGGCACCUGCAGUUGCUGCCCCGCAAGGCCUUACUGUUUGAUUUUUAGGUUACUUUCUUUGUAGGGUUACGGCAAAGAACAGUUUUGUGCAAGAAAUUGAAAGAGCGCGAAUGUUCGGAUGUAUUUUUAAUCGAUGAAAAUGUAUUUGUAAACAUAGUUUAGUUUUAGAUUUGUUUGGAUUGGCGAGGAAAAAGGGAAAUGAUUAUAUCGGAUCCUGAACUUGGUAUGUUUUCUUAUUGAAAUAAGAUAAGUCUUUUGAGAUAUUUUUCUUUUAUUAAGCCUUGAUGUUGUAAUCAUUGGUUGGUUAUUAGAAAGGAUAUUCUACAUUCU